AUGCCGGGUUUCGACUUCUCCAAUUACAACCGCAACGCGGCCCUUCACGCCAGGGGCGUCCCCCUCCCCAAAGCUACCAGCACCGGUACAACAAUUGUUGGCUGUAUUUACGAUAAUGGCGUUGUGAACUGCGAGAAACUACACUACAUCUCGCCGAAGAUCUGGUGUGCUGGCGCCGGUACAGCCGCCGACACCGAAUUCACCACCGCCCUCAUCAGCUCCAAUGUCGAACUGCACUCCCUAUCGACGGGCCGCGAUCCGCGCGUCAUCACCUGCAUGACGAUGCUCAAGCAGCACCUGUUCCGGUACCAGGGUCACAUCGGGGCGUACCUGGUGGUUGCUGGCGUGGACCCGACGGGCGUCGGGCUGUUCACUGUGCACGCGCACGGCUCGACAGACAAGCUGCCGUACGUGACCAUGGGCUCUGGUUCACUGGCGGCGAUGUCGGUGUUCGAGUCGAUGUGGCGGCCCAACCUGGACCGCGAGGGGGCGAUCGCGCUCUGCUCCGAGGCCAUCAAGGCGGGUAUCUUCAACGACCUGGGUUCCGGUAGCAAUGUCGAUGUGUGUGUCAUCUCGAAGGAUAAGCCCACCGAGCUGCUGCGCAACUACAUGAAGCCCAAUGAGCGCGGCCUCAAGGAGCGCAACUACCGCUUCCCCAAGGGCACCACCGCGUGGCUGAACCAGAAGAUCAUCAGCAAGGAGGAUAUGAAGAAUUAUGUCACCAUCGAAAACUUGUCGGGCAGUGACGAGCUGGCGACUGGGGAGAAGAUGGAGGUGGAUUCUUAG